AACUCGUAUAAUCCCCUCUGGUCUCUCUGUGUGUAUAUAUAUAUAUAUAUAACCACGGUAGUAGAAGAGAAACCAUUAACCAUGAGUGAUCAAAGCCAAAAAGCUCAUAUCUUUGAACUCAACAAUGGAACUAUUCGUGUUAAUCUCACCAACUAUGGUGCUACCAUUACUUCCCUCUUCGUCCCUGACAAAAAAGGCGAGGUUGAUGAUAUUGUUCUUGGAUUUGACUCUAUAGAAGAAUAUAUGAAAGGAAAUGCGCCUUAUUUUGGUUGUAUUGUGGGUAGGGUUGCAAACAGAAUCAAGGAAGGGAAAUUCAGUCUUGAAGGGGUUGAUUACUCUUUGGCUGUAAACAAUGGACCUAACAGUCUCCAUGGUGGUAAUAAGGGAUUUGACAAAGUGAUAUGGGAUGUUGUCGAACAUAAAAGUGGUGAAAAGCCAUCUAUUACCUUCAAGUAUGAAAGUUGUGAUGGGGAGGAAGGAUAUCCAGGAGAUGUUACCGUAACUGCUACUUAUACACUAAUUUCAAGUACAUCAAUGAGGUUGGACAUGGAAGCAUUGCCUAAAAAUAAGCCCACUCCAGUUAACUUAGCACAGCAUACAUACUGGAAUUUAGCAGGUCACAGCUCCGGAAAUGUGCUUGACCAUUUGGUUCAGAUAUGGGGAUCUCACAUAACCCCUGUGGAUCAGGACUCAAUUCCAACUGGUGAGUUCUUGCUGGUUAAAGGCACAGUUUUUGACUUUACUUCAGAGAAGAGAGUUGGAAGCUCGAUCAGUGAAGUCCCCGGUUUAGGGUACGACCAUAACUAUGUUCUUGAUAGUGGAGAAGAGAAAUCAGGCUUAAAACAUGCAGCUAAAUUGAAGGAACCUUCUAGUUCUAGAGUGUUGAACUUAUGGACGGAUGCACCUGGCAUGCAAUUCUACACUGCAAAUUAUGUGAAUGGUGUUUCUGGAAAAGGCGGGGCUGUCUAUGAAAAGCAUUCAGGGUUAUGUUUUGAGACUCAGGGCUUUCCAAAUGCCAUUAACCAACCAAAUUUUCCUUCCAUUGUCAUUCAUCCUGGACAGAAGUACAAGCACACAAUGUUGUUUGAGUUUUCAGUUGAGUAGAUUUUAUUAUUCUUGCAAGGAUUAUAGAGGUAAUUUUGGCUUCACUUGAUUAAACUUUUUGUAUAUUUGGAGUGGAGGCUCCCUUUCUGGAAUACAAAAGGUUUUGUUAGAGUUGGAUUGUAGAAAAUAAUUCUGAAUAAUAAUUUAUUUACUGAAAUGUGAUGAUUUAUAGAUUUCCAGAA